AUGGAUCUUGGAAGAUGCGACGAAAGGACAGACCAGCUACUUGCCGGACAUGGCCUUCAUUCUGUACCACUCUGUCACUCGGGAGAGCUUGUAUUCGACCUGGGGAUCCGCCGCGAUUGGGAGAAGGGUCUCCCGCUUGUAAUCGUGUACGGCCUGAAACAGGUGGGAUUCGUGCUCGACGUACCCCAAGAUGCGGCCGAGGCCCUGAAGAAGGCGGGUGUGACCCUGCCCAGGUCACCUGUGUAUGCCUCUCGGGCCCACGUGCAUGUUGACCACAUCCAAGUCGGUGACACCGCCCCUUCACUGGUGCGACCUCCUCCCUGCGGACCGCACGAAGUACCUCAAUACAGCAGAGUGGGCGCCCGCCGCCGCUGGGCCCAUUCCCUCGCGCCCUGGACUUCUUCGGCGAUGGCAGUCUGUACCUGGUGGACGCGGAGGGACACUGCUCGGGGUAUAUUAACCUCCUCGCGUGCACUUCGGACAGAGCCUGGGUGUACCUGGCGGGGGACAGCGCACACGACUGGCGGCUCGCUCACGGGCUCUCACAGAUUGCGGACGGGAAGCUGGGGUGCGCACAUGGCGACAAGGCAGCGGCUGCGGAGACGAUAG